AUGUCCCAGCAACCAGACACGAGAAAACUUCCGUUUCCAGACGAAAUAAAAGCAAACAUAGCGGCGUAUCAUCGAGAACGCCGCCGCAAGAACCAAGCGCGCUACAGAGCAAAACAACACCGGUUGAUCACUGAUCAAGAGGCCUACAAUUCUGAACUUCAACAGGAGAUUGUGGAGUUACGUUGGAAACGUGAAACUCUUAUGCUCGACAUCACACGAAGGGACUCUGUUUGGGCUGUUGCUGUGGAAUACUUCAGUGUGUUCCGAUUGGGACUAGACACUGCAGGAGGAGCGUGUACUACCACACUCGAUUUCCUGAGAGCUACGAUGGCACCGGACUUGGACGCUGGAACGGUGUUUGGGCCGAAUGCACUGGCGAGAAACUGGGUUUACUUCACGCGCAGCUUUCGACACAUCCAGAUCCGAUUAGGACGUUUGGACCAGAUCUCGGAAAAUUCGCUUGUCGCCUACUGUACGACGAGUAUUACCAUCACUAGAAGCACACUGAGCAGCUUGUUUCCUCGCCUUGUGGACCAGUGUUUUAACCACAACAAUGCGAGCAAGUGGUGUCGUAUUGCUGACAGUCUAGUGGGCCAACGUCUUGUCUUGGAUGGCUCGGUGCGUUUCACCUGGGAUACCACAAACAACUGCGUGACGAGUCUGAUCACAAAAGCGGAUAUGUUGUCGCCGUUGCUACGACUGCUGGGUAACUUGGAGGAUGUUUCCCUGGUAUUCCGUCACGCGCGUAUAAAUCCUGAGUGUAACCUCGUCGUAAACAGCUACGCCAACCAACAUAGCCACUUUUACUAA